ACGUGCUCGCUACUAUUUACAUCCAUCAGUUUUAUUUAGCACGAAUUUUUGGAGGGAAGUGAAGCAGAAUCAUGGUACUAAAGAAAUUAUAUUUACAAACGCAUGUUACUGCUUUGUGUACCGUUGAACCUCAUUUUUUAUUAGAAGGUUGCGGAGGCUUUAUAAACCUUUAUGACUUCGACUCUAACGAGCUUUUGGAAAGCCUCGACAUAUUUCGAGGUGCCAGAAUUCAUGGUAUUCGAUAUUCACUGCAUAAUAAAACAGUGAUUGUUUUCGGUGGAAAGCUGUUUGCACUGGUGUCAUUCAACGAUUCUAAAACUGCUCUACCGAGAUUGAAACUUUUACAGAAAUCCAAUGAAGCUGACUGGAUAAGGGAUGCUAAAUUUGUAAAUAAUGGGGAUUAUCUUGUCAAAUUAACUUCUCACAACAAAGUUAUCAUCGAAAAAACGUCUUCUGAAGCAGAAACUGUUGAAGUACAAGGAGAUGAACAGUGCAUAUUAUACUGUGGCAAAAUUCUGGGCGAAGAUCUUUCACAGUUGACCAUUCUGGCAGGGACUGUAUUUGGCAACAUCCUUGUUUGGGCAGCCUCACCAUCUCAACAGAAUAAAUGUCUCUUCCACAGAUUAACUGGUCACAAUGGUGUCAUCUUCUCUAUAAAUUAUGACGAAGUUUCGCACACUAUCAUAUCAACGUCAGACGAUAGAUCUGUUCGUUUUUGGAGUCUCCAAUGCGAAGACGAAGUGCCAAACAAAUUGAGCCUCUGGAGUUUAUUUCAACGAUCGAAAAUUCAUCCCCAAAACGAACUUUAUGGUCAUGAAGCCCGUGUUUGGAACAGUGUCAUAAUCCGUCAAAAUCAGUGUGAUUCGGGACUGGUAGCCAGUUUGGGUGAAGACUCCCGUAUUUGUUUGUGGGAUUUGACGAGCGGCAAAUUGGUAUCCAAGUUUGAUGCUCACCCUGGAACCAGUGUAUGGGCUGCCGUGUGGGAUUCACGACUCCAAUUAUUGGUAACUGCUGGAGGAGAAGGUUCGACACGAAUCUGGAACGCCAAUCAUUUACAGGAAACGAGCUGUCGUCAGCUCCAGCUCACCGAAGACGGCCAAGUUCCACGUUUAGUGAUCGUUACAUCCACGGGUUACUACCGCCACUUGGUGGCCAGUCAGCUGGGCAUCAUUUACGGAUGGGAUAGUCACGCCCAGAUUUGGGUCUCCCUCUUUCAGGACGAGGGACUCGGCAACGGCAGCGUCUUGGAUUCCGACGGUCGGACGAUUAUAUUUGGAACGCGUACCGGAGCUGUGUUCGUGUUCGCUUCCGGCCCGUCGUCCUUGGAACUGCUGGCGACCCAUCAGCUGGAAAAGACGAAAAUUUAUAGCCUGCAUUUGGUCGCAUCGCAGCAGCAAGAGUUUAUGGCCUGUCUCGAUAACGGUCGUCUGCUGCUUAUGAAUGUACUCGGCGGCAGCGAGUCACCACCCAGGGCCCAAUUUAUUCUCCCCGACGGCAAACAGCGAUGGCCCAGCUGUGUUCUGGCCACCCAAAAUCGAUUCAUGAUGGGCGAUCGUGAAGGGAGCUUUCAUCUUUAUUCGACCGAAAAAGAGACUCCGCUUCAAUCUUUUUCGCAUAUCCAUGGCAAGAAUGGCUUGACUGACAUUCAGAGCGAUCCGAACGGCCAACAUCUUUAUUACACCGGAGGAAGAGACGGUCGAAUCGGUCUCUGGCGGUUAACCGACGACCAGAAUCAACUGGAACUUUUGUCACUUACUAACACCAGUCUCGGUUGGAUUGCCGGCUUGCGAUGGAUCGACCAGCAGUUAACAUACCUGGCCUUUCAGAGCGAUCGGUUCGUUGUGUGGUCGAGUGAGCAACAGCGGAGUCUCAUGCAAGUGCCUUGCGGGGGAGGCCACCGAUCAUGGGACUUUGACGUGACGUCGUCUGAUGUCACUUUCCUGUUCAUCAAGGACAGACACAUUUACGAGAAUCGACGUCCAUUGAGCGCCGUUUUCAACUCGUCGCUGCCUGGACGCUGCGGAGGGCACAGCAAAUCGAUUUGCCGUGGCAGGUUCGUCGGAUUCCACGACGACUCGCCGCUCGUCUUGACUGGAAGUGAAGACACGACGAUGAGACUGUCGCGAUUGGAUCGGCGUUCCGCCCAAUCGCUGACCGUCAUAACCAAACACGUUUCCAGCGUCCGAGCCCUGGCCGUCAAGGAACUGGCAUGUAGGUCUGCAGGGACGUGGCUGUGUGUUUCAGCCGGCGGCAGAGCCCAGUUAUCGGUCGGAUUACUGACACUAUCUGGCCAGGGCGAUCAAGUGCACGUCAUUCACCGUGACGUGCGUUCGCAUUUCUUGCGCGGUUGGCUCCGCCGGGCGGCCACCAAUAAGCCCUGGAUUCACGGCAGCGAUCAGCUGUCGCUCAUCCCCGACCCUGAAACCCGCUACAUGGACGUCGAUGUGGUAGACCGUGGCGACAGCAAUUUCCAUAUUAUCGCCGCCUGCUCCGAUAGCUUUAUAAGGAUUUUUUAUCUAUCCCUGGAGGGUGGCCGGUUAGACUUGUUUCACGAACUCAACUUCCACAAUUGCUGCGUCUUGCUGGUCAAAGUGGUGGCCGAUCCGGAUGGCAAUACCAUCCUUUUCUCCGCCGGAACAGAUGGCCGGCUGGCUGUGUGGGACGUAACAGUUGUGGAAGAAGAUAAGGCCAUGGAUCCCUUGGACAGCCUGUCCAUUCAUCAAUCGGGCAUUAAUAGUUUGGACUGCCAAUGGAUCGACCUUAAUCGCAUGCUGGUUCUGACUGGGGGCGACGAUAACGCUCUGAUCUGCACCAAAGUGGAAAUCAGCUGCGAAAGGAAUUUACUGCGAUUAAUCGAUCAGCAAAAGCUGUUCCCCCACGCAGCCCAAAUCUCCGGAGUAGCUCUGCUGGGUCACAACUUGUGUUUAAGCGUGUCACUGGACCAGCGUCUGAUCCUCUGGAAGCGAGAGGACACUCGACUUAUGUGGCAGUCGGCCGUUUGCUGCGACGUCUCCGACAUUCAAGGGCUGCAUGUGUCCGCGGGUGCCACUAAAACUUUGUCCAAAGUCCUGGUUUAUGGUCAAGGUAUUCAAGUCUUUGAAGUGGACGACGACUCGUUAAACAUCGCCCACACGAUUUAGACUAUUCAUCUGUCGACCCGUUCUAACCAACUAAGUUUUAGAUUAUUUUGUUGUGAAAUUAUUUUGACGACCAAAUCGCGCUACCGUUGUGAGCCGGUGAUUUCAGAUUUCACCUGUUUGAUGACGUCAGCUGACACGACGUGUCGAAACGCUGGAAAAGUGGACCGUUUGGGAAGGAGCGCCGCGUUUAUUUCAUUGCGUCAUUGUGACAGGGAACUUUGGAGAGCAGCGGGGUGGAGGGGAGAAUUGUGCACUGGGCGCGGAAUGUGUUUCUCUUUAUUUAUUUAUUUUUUUCCUCUUCUACUUUGGUCGUAUUUUUUCUUUUGUUCAAUUCCAAAUAUGGCGGAAAUAUUGAGAGGGGCGGGUCGCGAUAACAUCCAUGACACGCCAGAGUGCUUGACAGGUUUUUUAGUGGCGCACUUGAGAGAAAGGCUAGUGCGCGAUAUAAUAUUCAAUUCUAUUUUAUUCAGUCGACCAUGGCGCACCCGAUUUACAUUUAUUGAGCCUUUGGGGGUUGUGUACACAUAGAGGCCCAAACUGUGUAAACACCAAACAAAAAAAUUCAUUAACAUAAUAAUCCAAUUAGAUUUUGUGGCUUUUAAAACAAAAUAGCAUCUGGCAUUCCUCUGGGGUGGGAAAGUGUGGGCGAUUUAUUUUUCGGGUUCCAGCCCGUGCUAAAGAGAACGAGGCUCACAAAAUUCGAGAUGAUUCGAUUUUUUUUCCGACGACCUCCACCACUUUGAAUGAAAACUUAAAUGCAGCGCGCAACAGGGCGACCUUACAAGGCAGCCUCCGUUUCCCAUUUAUGGCCAUCUGUGACACACAGAGGGCUCGACCCUUGGGGGGCUUUGCUUUUUAAAUAUAUUUUUCGUCAUUGUGUUUGGUUGUAACCUGUUGUAUAUACCUUCAUUUGGAUUGAUUUACAUAUAAAGGUCCCCAACGGUUCACAUUUUCGCUUGAAUUGCAGAUUUGGCGGCAGGGAAAUUCAAUUUCUUUCAAAUUUCCAAAUCCGCGUUUCCACCCAAUUUACCUUAAAUGGACGCGCGGGAGAGAAGCGCGCUUUUAUUUAAAUGAAUCGCGAUAUUUUAUUUUUAGUACUCUUCUUCUUCUAUUCAUGUUUUUUUUUUUCUUUCUCCAAAAUGACUCGAGGGUGAAAAGAAAAAGAAACGUUUGUGCGUGAAUCGUUAUCGGUGGUUGCCGAUCUUGAAGCGCGCACACUCGGUGACAUACUCCUAAUACUUUGCAAACAAAAGGGAUCCCCAUAUCGAAAUGCAAUUGCCCAUAACCGGGUAUCAAAGGGAUACACACACACACACUCAGUCUAUGUGUGUCUAAGAAACUUAACCAACGCCAGCCAGCGCCAGCUACAUGACGUAAAAGGGAAAACGAUCAGCGAUUGAGACGAUAAAAAAUAAACUUUGGUAAAUUUUUCUUCUUCUUCGCGGCAAACACAAAACACUUGCCAUAUUUAACCCGACUUUUUAAGCGGUCCUGCGGGUUUUUAUUCCGGCGCUCAGCUGUCAAGGAUUUUUUUUUUGUUUUUCAUUUGAAUCUUAUACAUACCCGUUUUUGGGCCGAUUUUUUGAUUUUUCUCUGUUCGAAUUGUACACGCCCUUGAUUCAACCUGACAUCAUCGGCCAAAUGGUGGUGUGCUGUAUCUACACUGUGCGGUGGUUCCCGUUGAAUUUGCCCUGUUGUUUUCAUCUCUCGUCACGUCCCGCCUUUUAAUUUGCCAGUUAUUAUUUUUUCUUUUCUUUUUUUCCAGAGUAGAGAGAUGAUGAUGGACUGGCGUCGAGUGGGUCAAGUCGUGAUGAUGGAUAUUUUUCCUUCUCGAAAGAGGGGGGAACACCGCCACACCUUAAUACGUCACCGAAUAGUCAGUGCAGCAGCAGCCCCCAGCAGCAGCUAUCCAUCAGUUUUAAAAUUAUAGAUUGCGUUUUUAUUUUGCUUUUUUUUUGCAUAUUCAUAGUUAGUAGUAGUUGUCGACAAUUGUGAGGCGACCUUAAUCCACCAGUUUGGGAACACCUGCUGACUUCUCGGGACCAUAUUCUUUUAUUUUUUAUUUUUUUUCACGGACAUUACUACCGUUGGGCCUGAAAGAGAUAGAUGGACCUUUU